AAACAGUCUCCACUGUUCAUAACCCAAAAAAAAAAACCUCUCUCUCAUCGUCUCUCGUCGGCGGAACUAUGCGACGUCGAUACUCUGUCUUUAUCCACUCUCUUGCCAUUAAACAAAUCGUAUUAAACCCUGAAACCAGUAUGCUCUCGAUGCUCUCAACCAAAUCAACGCCGUCUCCGAAUGUGAGUCUUCAUGAAAUUAAGAGUCACCUUCGGAGAUUACAAGUGCUCUGGUAAUCUCAUCAUCCCUCUAUCUUCUUUCUUACAAGCACCCCCAAACCCUCUCACUUACUCUCUCUUUUUCUCUGGAUCUUCAAGCAUCAACGGGGUUUUAACUUACGGGUUCCAAUGUGAAAUAAGAGUGUGUGUGUUAUCAGUUGUGAUGACUGUGGCUGAACCACAUAUGGAGCUCAAUCAAGAAACUAAACAAUUAGAUGCAGAUAAGUUAUCGCCAAAGAAAGAACAAAGUCCUAGAGGAGAAGAUGAAGAAUGUGGUCUUCCCAGUGCUAAUACAAGUGAGGAAACUGUGACUUCAGUUUCUGGUGGUGAGGAGUUGGAUGUUGAUAUAGUUGAAUCUGAUGAAAACAAGACAUCCACUACUGAUGAGGACCCAAACGCUACUGAAUACUCAAGCUCAUUUUCCGACACUGAAUAUGAGAAUGCUGACAUGUUGCUUAUGAGUAAUUUUCAAAUUAUUGUUGUUUCAUAUUUUUGUUUGCGUCCUGAAUUUGUUUCAUUGUUUUGA